UUCAUGAAUCAAACUACAGAGCGCAGCACUGCCAGUGAAAACAAUAACAAGACUGAGUGCAGACGCUGCUAAUGGAGCAAUGUACGAAAUAUGGCAUCAUCAAAGAGUGUACCGUCAAAAUCUAGUGAUCUAAGCUGCAAUUUUCCCCGCGACGAUAGUCACGCGGCUACUUUGCUGCCAUGGGACCGCUUUUCAAGCUGGAUUCACUGCAUCUGCAUCGUUACUUUCGACCUGGAACUCGGACAGGCAAUGGAGGUUGUAUACCCUGGCCAUGUUAAGCUAUCAGAGCAAGAGAAGACAAACAUUUGCUAUCUAGCUUUCCCUGAUUCAAAUUCAGGAUGUAUGGGCGACACUCAAUUCCAUAUGAGAAUACGUCAAGCUCCUGGCAGACAUCCACUAAGACAAGAGCAUCGGGCCUACAAUCAGAAGUGCCCUGCUUAUCUCCAAAUACAGCCAGGGUAUUUUUAUGGAUAUGUCUACUUUAGACAAGUCAAAGACAAGACCAUUCCUCGAGGAUAUUUCCAGAAGAGUGUUGUCAUCAUCUCUAGAUUGCCCUUUGUGAGCUUGUUCACCAAAGUGAGCCUAUUGAUAUCACCAGAGUAUUUCAACCAUGGUGAAGCAAGUAUCGAGGUGGCGUGUAGUGAGAUAGACCGUUGGCCAAGUCCUAUUCCUGGUGAAACUGUUAGCUUGCCACUCCUUGGUAUGAUCAUUCAGACUCAUAUACCUAGCAACAACAGUAAAACAAAUGGUCAUUCACCUACUGCCCUCACACCUACCACAGAAGAUGUUGGUAUAAACUCGUCGUCACCACUGCCCGGUCCCUUCCCUGUAGAGGGGCCAGCAUCCUCCAUGUCUGUCACUGUACUACCAACACCUCAUGAAGUCAAUUUAUUCAACUGCUUUUCUGGGGUUGUGUCACACAUUCAUUUGUUGUGGGAGCUAGUACUAACUGCAGAGCCCCUUGUAGUCAUGGCUUCAUUACCUACCACAUGCUCUGACAUGGUACAGGCUCUUGUGAGCAUAAUUACUCCACUGAUGUAUUGUGCUGAUUUUCGUCCAUAUUUUACUAUUCAUGAUAGUGAAUUUAAAGAGUAUACGACUCGUGCUCAUGCACCACCGCCUGUCAUAUUAGGGGUCACAAAUCCUUUCUUUGCCAAAACUUUGCAUCACUGGCCACAUAUAAUUAGGAUAUGUGAUUCACCCAAAAUGAACAGCAUUGCUGCUCACAAGCAGAAAUUGAAGAAAGGCACAAAUAUUAAGAUGUUGGAUUCAAAGCCUGGGGUGUAUACCCAGUAUCAGCCAUUUUUACAAAAAGACAAGGCUAUUCUUAAAAAGCUUAUGAAAGGCAUGGAAAAUAAAAGGCCAGAUGAAGUGCAGAGUGCCUUAUUACGAAGGCACCUCCUUGAGUUGACUCAAAGCUUCAUGAUUCCACUUGAAAGGUACAUGGCAAGCCUAAUGCCACUGCAUAAAAAUAUUUCACCCUACAAGGCUCCACCAUCGAUACGGCCCUUUAACCCUGAUGAUUUCUUUGCUACACUAAGCACAGCUGGUCCCCAACUAACCAGUGGUAUCAAAGGUGAUUGGGCAGGACUCUACAAACGUUUCUUUAGGUCACCGAAUUUCAGUGGCUGGUUUAAUGCUCGAUAUCGUGAGGUGACCCAGAAGCUGCAGUCAUUACAACUGGAGGCACUCUCAGAUGCAGAUCUGAAAAUGUGGGUUAGGGGAAAGCAAGAGGUGGAGGUGGUAGACAUGGUGCUCCGAAUCCGUCAAAGAUUACAAGCACCUCCAGACUCUGAGCCUAUUCUGGCUGACACAACACGAGAGAGGUUAGAAAUGAGGCUCUCCGACCUUGUCACUUCCCUUCCUGAGGACCUGCGCUCUGUUCUGAAGGCCAGCUGACAAAAGGCCUUAAUAGAUUCAGGUGACCCUGAAUUGAAGACUGAAGACUUUUAUUCAGAUGUAGGAGAAGAUGAUAUACCUCUUCCCUUUGUUGCAAGUUCUAUAAAUGCAAGUCCAGCCACUAGUCCGGUUGGAGGAUGUGCAUGUUUACCUCGCAGAAAGAAAUUUAAAUAGCAUUACUUUCAGUGAUAGCAAAGGUUUCUGACUUGCUGGUAAAGUCAGCAUAAGAAGACCUCUGGUUACAGAGACAUAAAAGACACAGAAGCACAUUGUUUCUGAUAUUGGUGUAUUGUGUUGUGCAGAAGUUCUUAAAUGUCAUGGGCUGGUCCCCAAAAUAAUAAUUAUUUUCAUAAAAUUUUCUUUGAGUGUUUUAAAGAUUUGCUGAUAUUCUAUGCAUUUUGGGUAUAUUACUGCUUAUCAGUUCCUAUGUAAGAUGGUUUAUCAUAACCCUCAAAAGUUAAAGAUGGCGGGAGAGAAAAUGAAUACGCUUCAAAUGUAGAUAGGUAUGAAUUACAUUUAAAAUUUCUUUCUCUCUUGAAUGUCAUUGUGUGCUGGUACAUGUUAUACAUGUUGAAUAUGGAAGUACUGUCUAUUAAUUUAUCUUACUUCCUUUUAGUAUUGAUUACAUGGUAUUUAGUCCUAUAGAGAGAAACUUAACAGCUCUAGCAGUUUUUCAGCACAUGGUUUAAAGGUGGUUUUUUUUGUAAUUAUUUUUCUUCAAUUCAAUCAAUUAUUUGAAGAUGUCUCAGAAGAUUUGGUCACACUGGCUGUGAAAAAUUGUUUGCAGAAAACAAAAGAAAAGUACAAAUCAUACUUCUACUGUACAUUAAAAUUUUUGAAUGUUAGUUUUCUUCUUCUUUAGAUAAAACAAAACUUUCUCUUUUACUUGACUUUUAUUUGUACGAGCUGAAUUGCAGGUAGAAAAUGUGCCAAGAAAACUAUUCUAAAUAUUUGUUGAAAAUCAAAACAGUUAAAUUGUUGCUGAAUUACAAAAAAUCAACAAGUUAUGAUUUUAGUUACAUUCCUAUCUCUUUAUUUGUAGUUUCUCACCUUGUUUCUUCCGUAACAUUGCGUGGGUGUUCCUAAUGUUAAUCAUAUUCAAGGUGUGGAACUGAUAGAAAAUGUAUUACCUAGUUUAAAAUCUGGUGUCUCAGAUUAUCAAUGCUCUCUUUGCUGCAAUGGUUGGUUGUUUCCUCACCAUCAUGUAGCUGUCUGGCUCAAUAUUUUGAAGUAUGUAGUUCAUUGAAUGUUAUGUCCAUAAAAUCUUUGUGGCAUUAAAAUGCUGCUCUGUGGCAGAAAUUUAGUAGAAAAUGUUGGUAAGGGAAAAAAUGCUAUGUGUUGUAUAUUCUUGUAUUGUCAUGGUUUGUUGACAGUGAAAGAUACAUGUAUUUGUACAGAUAACCAAACUGGAUUGGCAAUAGGGCCUACACCUUGAUUCUAAUGGAGGGUUAGUAACAGUAUAAAUGAUACAGUAAGUAGUGCUGCAUCAUCUUUUCUUUUCUCCUGUUACAAUGAUAUUGAAGUCACACCUUUUGCCGUGGUAUAAAAUACAUAUGUACGUAGUUCUUGUGUAUUUAUCCACUCUUUUUAAUCGUAAUUGGUCUUAAUCUAAAUUUAAUUUGAAUUUGUAUCAUAAGGGGCUUCAUAUUCAUGGAUGUAUUGAUUACAAAACGAACUGAUCUGUAGUCUUCUUGCUUGUGAUUUGCCUCAAAAACAAAAGUAUCUGGCCAAGUGUCAUAUUUGUAUGCAAGGCAAUUAGGGUCGUUUUAGAUCCUGGCAACUCAUUAGAAGUACCUUCAUUUUGUUAUCUUGGCAAAUGGUAAAUAUCACAUGUCUCAUGAUUGUGUUAGUACUAGAGCCGCAUGCCACUUGUUUCUAUGGCCUUUUUCGGGUGAACCUCAAGUUUCUUUUUCUCACAAACUACUUCUUAUGUCUUUCGACAUAUUUUAUUUUUGUAUGACUUAAGCAUUAUCACGGAGGCAGGAGGCAGCUAUGAUAGUGGUGGUGAUAAAGAUGAGAUAUGUGAAAUAUACUCUACGUUUUCCUUAA